ACUCCACUCCGCGCGAGUACAGGUCCCGGUCGGCGUUCCCGUCGUCGCCCAAGCCGCGUCGCGAGAGCGUGUGUGCGUGCGCGUGUACGCGCGUGUGUGUGCCAGUGUGUGUGACAGUGCGACACAGAUCGUCGACAUGGUGCGCUUUGGGCGUAAGGCCCGCAACGACGUCCGGGAGCUGCUGGCCAGCCAGGAUGCAGUGCACCAGGAUAACAACCGCCAGGCUGCCGGUGUCAACGCCGGCUACUUGGACUCCGUCGACGCCCUGGGGAUCGAGUUGCCGACGCCCGCUCCGGUCGGCGGCCUCAGCGCCAGGGACUCCCAUUCCACGGACACGGACCUCAUCUUCCUGGAGAGCAUCGCGCGGAGAGAGAAUCCAGAGAGAUUCUCAAAUCCAGCAAAGUUAAGUCUGGCUGUGCAGCUCAGUGAAGAUUGCGAGAGAGUUCAAAAUAAAGACGCUUGGGAGCUUGCAGACCUGCUGCGCAAGCCGCACUUAAAGGGUGUGUUGGGAUCACAUGAUGUGGUAACUGGACGGUCUGAGGAACCUGAUGUAUUGUGGGAGUUCCAGCAACCAGAAAUAAUAAAUAUGAUUAAUAACGAGGAGAUCCGUUUGGUGGGUUUGAGGAGAAACCCUAAUGAGCCUCUUGGCAUGACAGUACAAGUAGAUGACAAUGGGAAUCUACUGGUAGCACGUAUCCUCACAGGAGGCCUCAUCGCAGAACAAGGGACUCUGCAUGUUGGUGAUGUCAUACUGGAAGUCAACGGCUACCCUGUAGGAUCGCCUGAGAUGUUGCAGGAGCGUAUUGCUUAUUCCAAAGAAUCCAUUACUUUCAAAGUUGCCCCAGCCAAGGAAGAUAAUAUCCAGGAAUCUCAUGAAUAUGCAACAAAUGUAGCAAAACAAAAUGGCGUCAAAUCUGUGUGUUAUAUGAGGGCUCUUUUUAAUUACAACCCAAUGGAGGAUACUUUGCUUCCUUGCAAAGAAAUUGGUUUGGAAUUUCAGCAUGGAGAUGUACUUGAAAUUGUAAACCAAAAUGAUCCAAAUUGGUGGCAAGCCAUAAGAGUUGGAUGGAAUGGUCCAGCUGGCCUCAUCCCCUCUCAAGAGUUGGAAGAGCGGAGGAAGGCUUUUGUUGCACCAGACGCUGAUUAUGUACACAAAAUUGGAAUUUGUGGGACAAGGAUUUCAAAGAAAAAGAAGAAAAUAAAAUACCAGUCAAAAGCCAACAAUGAUUAUGACAAAGCUGAGUUGAUGCUGUAUGAGGAAGUCACUCGUAUGCCCCCUUUCAAGCGAAGAACCCUUGCUUUAGUUGGGUCUCAAGGUGUGGGAAGGCGUACUUUGAAAAACCGACUGAUCAACAGCAAUGUAGACAAAUUUGGAACUGUUAUACCAUACACAUCACGACCCCAGCGAGAUUAUGAAGAUAAUGGAAAAUGCUAUUGGUUUGUGGACAGAGAAACUAUGGAGAAUGAUAUUCGGAACCACAAGUUUUUUGAAUAUGGAGAGCACAAAGGGCACAUCUAUGGAACCACUCUAGACUCAAUUAGAGAAGUAAUCAAUGAUGGCAAAAUGUGUGUUCUAGACUGUAGUCCAGCGGCUCUCAAAGUUCUGCACAAUUCAUCAGAGUUCAUGCCAUACGUCAUUUUCAUUGCUGCUCCCGGAAUGGAGCAGCUGAAAACACUCCAUAAUUAUGGCAGAGGCAGCAGAAGCAUGAUGUUUGAUCGUCAGAGCUCCAUCAGAUUCAGCUCCCAGCGAGCUCGGACUUUGCAGUCUCUCCAAACCAUGUUUGAGGAGGAGGAUCUUUUGCGUAUGGUAGAAGAAAGUGCUUGCCUGCAGCGUACCUAUGAAAAGUACAUUGACUAUGUUAUUGUGAAUGAGGAUCAUGAUGAAACUUUCCGCAAAGUGGUACAGCAACUGGAAACACUUAGCUCUGAACACCAAUGGGUUCCAGUAAAUUGGGUGUAUUGAGCAAUAAUAUCAAAGCUUGAAAUACCUUUGCCUGAUGCGAAGUCAUAGGCAGUUCACACUUAUAUAUAUUCAAAUGAGCUUUAUAAUUGAUGUGCCGCCUUUUUUUAAUGGUUUUCAUCAAAAUAUGAUCAAAUUGUUGUUUUGUUUAUUGUUGAUUGUACAUAUUUAUUUUAAGGGAAAUAUUUGAACACAUGUACUAUUUCUUAAGAAACACAAGCUGAUAUCAUUUGCAACAAUUUUAAUUUGUAUAUAGUUCACAUCAAUGUCACAUUUCAAGUGACAACUGCCAUUUUUAAGUUGUUUGCAAAAACAAUACCCAUACUUUGUAUAGCAAGUAUUUUUUGUUUACGAACGAGUCCGUCCUGAAAUGUGAUUAGUUAAGUCUUGAAUUGACCAUAUUAAGUAUAAUAAUUACAAUAAAAACUAGAGAAGGAAUUGAAA